UCAUCGUCUUUGGCGUCUGAGAAACGGGACCUUAAAAAUAGCUCGGCUUGCAUUUGGGUCGGUGCUCAUCAAGUGUGGACCGGAUAUGAUGCACCUCGGCACAGAACCUCUCACCAAAAUUUGUGAAACACUUCAUCGCCGUUAUAUGUCAAGUCUCGCAAGCUUAGAAGAAAAGUGGGACCACACGUGGGUGGUGGUGUCGGGGGACGUCAAAUAUGAUUGAUAUAUGAUAAGAUGUGACCCCUUCGAGAUCGGGAUUGGUGACAGACGGAGGUCUUGGUUAAUUUUUCCCUGUAUCAACCGUCAACAUGGUCGUCGCUCAACGCAACGCCAAAGACUCCAUGAAGUCGACAUGGCGCACAAAGGACAAGUCCGAAUGGAACUUCUGGAUGUGGUUCCUCGACAUCAUACACGUCCACCCUACCGAUGUCGGUACCGAGCCCCCCGUGCACAAGAAGACGGACAAGAUGCCCUAUGUCACCCAAACCUCGAGCCAUAUCUGGAUCAUCCUCCACGCUCUAUGGCCGCUCGUUGUCCACCAGCUGUACGUCAAUUACACGGGGCAUAAUAUCCAUCCUGCUGCCGCGGUUGCGCUGUAUAGUACGGCGUUUACGGUGAAUGCGAUUCAUCAGAUUAAUGCGUUGCGGAGGAUGGGCAAUGCCUAUGGUCAUCUUGAUGGCGAGGUUCACAGGAGGGACGAGGUACCGGAUCAUAGCGUGCGUGGCGUGGUGCAGUCGUUGCUCUCUGUCGCGUUCCUCAGGCCCGUGAUGUGUACGUUCCUAGGAUGGCGCUCCAGCCAGGUGCCGACCGACAUGACAUGGUGGACCCCGAUUGAGAUCGGACUCUACGGGGUCAUCCUCGACUUCUGGUUCUACUGGUACCACCGCGCAAUGCACGACGUCUCCUUCCUCUGGAAAUACCACCGCACCCACCACCUCACCAAGCACCCCAACCCACUCCUCACCAUCUACGCCGACACGGAGCAAGAAAUCUUCGACAUCAUCGGCAUCCCCCUGCUCACCUACGCCACCAUGAGGCUGCUCGGCCUGCCCAUGAACUUCUACGACUGGUGGAUGUGCCACCAGUACGUGGCCUUUUCGGAGGUCAUGGGCCACUCGGGCGUGCGCGUGUACACGACGACGGUGAGCGUGCACACGAAGAUUCUGGGCCUGUUUGGGUGUGAGUUGACGGUUGAGGACCAUGAUAUUCAUCAUCGGAUGGGGUAUCGGAAGACGAAGAAUUAUGGGAAGCAGACGCUGUUGUGGGAUCGGUUGUUUGGGACGGCGGGGAAGCGGAUCGAGUGUGUGGAGGAGAAUGUGGAUUUUGCGGAUCGGAUUGGGUUUUCGUGGUUUUGAGGGGGCUUGGUUUGGGGGUG